AUGGACAUCAAUUCAUUGCUUUCUCCGGACUCCAAUCCAAAGUCUGGAAAUUCGACUCCCGUGCCCGGUCCUACGUCGAACAACGCACCGACCCCUGCUGCAGGGCCAUCUCCCCAUAAGGUCAUUCAGAGAGCUCGGUCGGGUCCCGCUCGCAAAGGCAAAACCUCCUCACCUUUGGCGCAGCACGUCUAUGUCCCGACUGGAAUUCCGGAAUCAUCCCCGGCCGCGCCCAGCCCCAAAGUUACCGGAAAUGGCGCACCCUCUACGACCGAGUUGCCGCCGCAGUUAAGACAAGCAUCGACACCUGGGAUGGAUACACUGGCCGACUUAGCUGCAUUGCAGCAUCAUCAGCCGCAACGGCAAAACGCCCCAAGCAUGCUCCGCAGCACCGAGUCGUACGAGAGUCAGCUGUCUCCGUCAACCAUCCAUCCACACGUGAACCCGAUCAAUCACAACACCCCUACCCCGCGCACAUCGUUCGAUAUCGCCAUGUCGGAAGGUCCUCGAGAAAAUGCGCGCAGGGGCUAUGGGCAAACAUCCUUAGACCCGGACGCGCAGCGCCUGGCGACAGAAGCAUUCAAUAUGAUACAGGAAAACCCACACACUUAUGACGCGCAUGUCAAAUUCAUCGGUAUCCUGCACACGGGCUUCGUGAACCAUGUUUUUCCUCCCAAUCGCCCAGGUGCUCAUGGCGACCCCCGUCGCUACGACCUACUGAAGGAUCUGAGGAUAGCUCGCGAGGAGAUGGACAAGCUUUUCGCCAUGGGUCAAGAUCUUUGGGCUGAAUGGAUCGCAGACGAAACUCUGCUGGCCCACACAGUAACUGAGCGCAUUGCUGUUAUGGAGCUAUGCCAACGAUCGGUUGAAGAGGAGUUUGGGAGCACCGAACUCUGGAAAAUCUAUGGUGACUGGGUGCUUCAUCUAUACAAAGAGGCACACGAGCAUGGGCCUGGCCAAUGGACUGAAGAAGACCGAAUGAUUGGCCGCGAAGUGUUCAGCUGGCAAUUGGUCUUGGACGUAUGGCAACGUGCCGCGGAAGCUACAAGAUGGAUGAUCAACGAUGUUGAAGGUGUCUGGGAUAGGUUCCUGGAGGUUCUCGACAACGACAUUGACCGGGCUUCUCCUAAUUCUCAGGAACGAAUUGGGAAAAUCAACAAUCUAAAAACUCUCUGGGACACCUGGCUGCAAACCCCUCAUGCCGAGUGGGACGAGUCGUUCCAGAAAUUUUCAGGCUUCAUUUCUAAGCAUUAUGGCCCCGCCAACUACGAGGAAAUUAUGGCCAAGACAGUCGCCGCUGCCUCGGAAGCCAAGGGUCUCUAUGACACACGAGAGAAAUCCGAGUCUGAACUGAAAAAGGCUCAGAAGUCUGGCGAUAAAACCCUCGAAUGGACAGCAUACUCGGAGUACAUUGAUACUGAACUCGCCCGAAAGCGUCCAGUGGCUGGACGACGGAAUGGUUUCCACGUAUUCCACUUCGAGCUUGUCAACGCUGUCUACCAACGAGCAGUCUUGCGCUUCCCUACGGAUGUUUCCCUUUGGGAAGACUAUGUCAUGUUUCUUAUUGAUCAAGCUAUGCAUGGCCAUGCUUCUACCACUACAAUCGCAACCUUGGACCGUGCAACACGUCAUUGCCCCUGGUCCGGUAACCUUUGGUCUCAGUAUCUUCUGAGUUCAGAGCGAGAAGGCCAAUCAUUCUCCAAAAUUUCCAAUAUCAAGCACAAGGCUACCAGCACAGGUCUACUCGAUGCUGGAGGUAUGGAAGAAGUUUUGAAGGUACACACUACUUGGUGCAGCUAUCUUCGUCGACGUGCCUUCUUCUCUGACUCGACCGAUGAAGAUUUAGACGUUGCGCAAGUCGGUAUCUUAUCCGCAAUGGAGAGUGUGCAAGAGCUAGGCGAGAAGAAGUAUGGUCAAUCAUACCAAGGCGAUCCGCUCUUCCGUUUGGAACGCAUCUAUAUUCGGUAUCUCAGCGAAAGCGGCAGCUGGGAUAGCGCAAGAGAGAAGUUCAAAGAUCUUGUCCCGCGCCGCGGCAGUAGCUAUGAGUUUUGGCUUGUCUACUAUGGCUGGGAACUCAUUUGCUGGAGGAAAUUUGUGCUAGGGGAAGCGACUGUCGAUGCAGCGAGACGAACCCCCAGCCCAAGCUAUGCGACUGCUGUACUCAAACAGGCCCUUAAGCGGACCGACCUCGACUGGCCGGAGAAGAUUGUGCAAACUUAUAUUGCUCACUGCGAGGAUUAUGAAGACUCUGACGAGCUUCAGCUUGCUGUUAUUGAGACUCGAAAAGCCGUGAGGGCUGUCAACGCUCGCAGAGAAAAUGAGGCCCGAGAAGCCGCGGAAGCUCAAAAAUUGCAGCAACAACAAUGGGAAGCUGCUGCUGAAGCAGAGGCCUCAUCGUCUGAAAAGAGAAAGCGUGAGGAAGAUGAGAUUGAUGCCAACAGCGAACCGACGAAUAAGAAAGCGCGUGGCGAGGAACAGAUCCCAGAGGAGACUACCGCCGCUCUGGCCCCUAGCCGUGAUCGUGAGAAUGCAACAGUUGUGGCCAAAAACCUACCGCAGGGAGUGACAGAGCUCCAGGUUCGACAGUUCUUCAGGAAUUAUGGCACAAUCAACAACGUCAAGAUUCUCACUGGCGAAGAGGAGAACUCAACUGCGCACGUCGAGUUUGAGGCUAGAGAAGACGCUCUGGGAGCCCUAGCUCGUGAUCAGAAGCUUCUCAAUGACAACAUCAUCCAAGUGCAGCUUGAGUCAAGCAAAUAUGGUGAGAUUGUCGAUGUGCGUUUCCCUUCGCUCAAGUUUGACGUCAAUCGACGAUUUUGCUAUGUUCAAUUUUCUUCGCCCGCAGCCGCCCUCGAAGCCACGGAGCUUGACAAUACUGUCCAUGACGGCCACAAGCUUAGUGCGAAAAUCUCGGACCCUACGCAAAGGAAAUCUCGGACUGGCGCCAAGGAAGAAGGCCGGGAGAUCUUUUGCAAGAAUAUCCAUUUCAAAAAGAGCGAGAACGACGUCGAAGAACUCUUUUUGAGAUUUGGAACGAUUGAGAAUAUGGUUAUGCCACGGGACUCUGCCGAUGGCAAACAUAGGGGUUUUUGCUUCAUCCAGUAUUCCACCAAGGAGGAAGCCGAAGCUGCUCUCUCGAUGGACAAUCAACCGCUUGGUUCUCGCUCCCUCGUGGUGACGAAGAGCGUCCCUCACACCAAGCCCAAGCACAUGACCAAUACCAUUAUUUCUCGCGUCGAUAGGUCGCCAUCCGUGGAAGUCAAUGGUAAUGGAUCGAAUGCUGUGCAUAGCCAUACUGUUAGUGACCAUCGCCAACGCACGCUUGCUUUGAUGAACGUUCCCGAUACAGUGAAUGAAGCGCGGGUUCGGGCGAUGGUAGAACCUUUCGGACAGUUAAUCAAGAUCUCCCUGAGGCCGGACCAUCAAGGUGCCAUCGUCGAAUAUGCCAACGUGCAAGACGCCGGCAAGGCAGCUUUGGCGCUUGAAGGAAAGGAGAUUGCCUCGGGUCGGGCACUGCACAUCGGUGGUGUGCCAGAGUUGAUGGCACUGAAAGCCGAGAAAAAAACCGAUCGAAUCACGUCUAUCAAACCGGAGAAGCCGAAGGCCAGCCUCCAAAGUGCUGGCCCUAUAAAGCGCCCCCAACAACCUGGUGCUCGUGGGGGACAUGCGGGUCGUCGCGGAGGAUUGGGCUUGAAGCGGGCCAUGGCCGCACCACCGGCGCCACCACCUAAUAAUGACCAAAUGGAUACCACCCCCGACGACAAGAGCGGCGCGAGUGGAAUGCCUAAAAAGAGCAAUGACGAUUUCCGUGCGAUGCUACAACAGAAGCAGAAGCGCGAGGAAUGA